AUGAUCCUGUAUGGUCCAAAUAUCAACGCUGAAGAGGGUAGUUUUUCAGAAGGGCAGGCUGCUCUUACCAUCGCACAGCUAGUACAGUACAAUACUUAUCUCCGUCGCCGUGAAGGAGAUGUUAAGAAGGAAAGGCGAAAUAAAUCUCGAGAGUCUCCAGUUCCAAUCUAUGUUGGAGUAUCUGUACAUGCCAAGACACGCUGCCGUGACCUCGUAGAAAUCUUACAUAAACUUGGAAUCUCUAUUUCAUAUGACAGGGUAUUGAGCAUCUCCACGGAUCUUGGAAAUGAAGUGUGUCGCCGCUACUGGCAAGAAGGUGCAGUGUGUCCGUCUAAUCUUCGUCUGGGUCUCUUUACAACAGCUGCCGUGGACAAUAUUGAUCAUAAUCCGAGCUCAACAACAUCAAAAGACUCCUUCCACGGCACAGGCAUUUCUUUGUUCCAGCAUCCAUCGGCAGUUACGCCUGGUACUGAACAAGCACCGAUAAAUAUCGCAACAAAUGCUGAUAGCGAGAAAUCGAUAAAAGAACUGCCAGCGUCAUACACAGAAGUCAUUCCGGUACAAGAAACUACAAGUAAAGCCCAGCCACCAGCCAACGUAUCAGAGAUGAAGUCGGAUGAAAGCUCAUUUAAUCGCGGCUUUGAAGAUGAAUCCACAUGGUUAGAGAAGGCUAGCACUAUUGUGGUUAACCAAGAAAGUUUGGAAGAGAAAACUCAAGUCUCUUGGGCUGCAUUUCACUCUCACCAACCGUACUGUGUGCCUCCUUCGUCGGUUGCUGUUUCUGCUCUGUUGCCACUUUUUCCUGAUCAGGCAAAAUCGGUUGCAAUGAUAAGACAUGCCAUGAACGUGAUAAAACUGUCCGUAGAUCAUCUGAAUCCAGGUCAAGUCCCAGUCAUUGCCGUAGAUCAGCCAUUAUAUGCUGUAGCGAAAGAAAUCCAGUGGAGAUGGGCUAGUCAUUACGGCGAGGAUAAAUUCGUUGUAGUAUUCGGUGGACUCCACAUCGAGAUGGCGUUUCUGAAGGUGCUAGGAGAUUGGCUUGAGGGAAGUGGGUGGACAGUGGUCCUUUCAGAUGCAAACGUUGCUACGCCAGGAACUGCUAAUUCGUUUCUCAAGGCCACAAAUGUAACGCGCACUCGAAGGGCUCAUCAGGUGACAGCUUGCUCCUUAUUUAUUCUUCUAAAGAGAGCGUAUCAGAGGUAAAUAUAUCAUUUCAAUGGUAAAACUGGUGGGAAAAUCUUAAUGUUUUUAGUUACAGCUGAGCUGCACAUUGCUGCUUUAACUAGCUUUACAAACACUUCACUCAAAUCUCAACAAGGUUAAGGAUCUUAACUUUCGGGGACGUAAUCCAGCUGGCUAAAGGCAGAGCGUGGAACAACUGCAUUCUGUCCUCGAGACUCUACAAAAGAAGCACCGAAAACAGCCAACAGAUAUAUUAGUUAAUAUCGAGUUUUGAUAUGAGCGCGAUAAGCAACCCCCUUGCGGCUCUGUAUAAAAUUUCUUACAUGCAUGGCUGAUGGAAAUAAAAAGGGGUGGAUUUUUUUAUCCCUGUAUUGCCGUUUAAGGCUUUAAAAUAAGGAUAAUUAUGUUAUCAAUGGAUUGUUACAUCGUAAAACUUAUUAGUAAAAUGUUUCACUUGUGAUAGGUACGUAGAUGGAAUGGGUAAUGGUGCCCUUUCCUUUGACGAGUGGUGUAACCAUCAGAGACGUAAAGUACCCCAGUUUCAGUACUGGCAUACAGCCCUUCAACUGGAGCUUCUUCUCCUUGUUUUUCUAAAGUCGCUCCGCCUUGCUGACUUUGGCAUGUACGUAGAUGCAGUUUACAAGAUGCUUCCGUGGUUCUUUGCUUUAAACCAUACCAACUAUGCCCGUUGGCUCCCUAUACAUGUACGCGAUAUGCGCGAACUCGACAGUAAGGCACCAGCAGUAGCAGAGGCAUUCAAGCAGGGUUUGUUCACCGUCACAAAAACCCGUCGAAGAUUUUCUUGUAUAGCUAUUGAUCAGGCCCACAAGCAGAACAAUGCUAUGGUCAAGGAUGACGGAGGGGCUGUGGGUCUGACAGAGAAUGCCAGCGCACUUCGCAGGUGGAUGCUAUCCGGUCCUGAGAUGGCACGGCUAGUCAACGAGUUCGAGGCAUGCAUGGCACCUGAAGUUAGACCUGAAACAAACAACCAUCAUGAAGCUGAGAGGGGUUAUCAAGCAGCGUACCACAAAGAUGUCAGGUCACUCGUGGAUGUACUUGACGACCUUGGGAACCCUUUUGAAGAAGAGGGCAAAGACCUGAUCGUGUUAGAUACAAAGGUGGUGGCAGACGAAGGAGGGGUAUCAAGAAUGCAGCAAAUAGAGGAUCUUGGCGUAAAGCAGUGUGACACGUUCAUUUCAGAGCGCCUAAUACAGCGGACGAAGCCUCUCGAUGACCCUAUUAGUAGAAACAAGCUCUCCGUCUUUGAAACUCCUUCCAAGAAGAAAAUUUCAAAGGCUCAACAGCAGCUUUCCUCUAUGAAAAGCGACUGUUCUCUUUUUUCACGACUGUUUAUUGCAUGCCAGAGCAGAAAUGGUAACUUGGAUGAAUUUUUUAAACAUGAAAAUCAAGCAUGCCCCCCAUCGAUAUCUGAUCAAGGAAAUUUGCGCCUCCCUCGACAAAAGUCUGAGUUAGCCUCUUGUCUUCAAGCUCUAACUACUCCCAAGAAUGCAGCCCCAGCCAAUUGUGAAGUCAUUAUUAUGGACGGAGCAGUACUGGUAAACAUGCUUAAGCCCACGGGGAAAGAGAAAACAUUUUCCGAAUAUGCCUCAAAUAAGUUUAUUCCUUAUGUCACCGCUCAGCUUCAACAUGUGAAACGCAUUGAUAUUGUCUGGGACGAAUACGUGGAGAACAGCUUGAAAGCAACAACUCGGAGCAAACGUGGAUCAGGAGUACGACAACUAGUCGCAGCUAAUAAUAAGCUUCCAAGAAACUGGAAAGAAUUCCUUCGUGAAGAUCGGAACAAGCAGGAGCUCUUUAGAUUCCUUGCGCAAUGCGCUACUUCUGUUAACUCGGGUAAGAGACAGAUCAUCUCUACGUAUGCAAGAGGCGUACUGACGAGCCUUCCACGAGAUGACACCUCCAGCCUGGCACCAUCCUCACAUGAAGAAGCCGACACAAGAAUGUUUAUCCAUGCUGCUGAUGCUAUCCAAUCCGGCUUCACCAAGAUCAUUGUUCGUAGUGUUGAUACUGAUGUCUUAGUACUGGCCGUGGCUCUGGUACAGAAGUUACAGGCGCUUGCUUCAGAGAGCAUCCAACUCUGGGUGGCAUUUGGUACUGGGGAACAUCUUCGCUACCUUGCAGCCCACGAGAUUGCCAACAAAUUUAAUAACACCGCUGCACUUGCCCUACCUGCAUUCCACGCAUUCACGGGAUGCGAUACGGUGUCUUGUUUCUAUGGGAAAAGCAAGAAGACUGCGCUGGACACCUGGAAGAGUUUUCCAGAAGUUACCCCUGUGUUUAUCGCCUUGUCCAGAGCUCAAACAGAAAUAGCCGAAGAGUGGAUGUCAACCCUUGAACGCUUCGUUGUCUUACUUUAUGAUAGAACAAGCAGUUCUUCAUCUGUAAACGAAGCCAGAAAGCAGUUGUUUACCCGUAAGGCUCGAAAUUUCGACGCCCUUCCUCCGACGCGAAAUUCAUUACUAGAACAUGUCAAGCGUACUGCAUACCAGGCUGGCCACAUCUGGGGACAAGCCCUCGUGCCAAACCCACCUAUUCCUAGCCCACAAGAUUGGGGAUGGAUAUUGGAAAGUGGCGAGUGGCGGCCUUUCUGGACAACACUGUCAGAAAUAACAAAGUCAUGCCAAGAGCUAGUAAAGUGCGGCUGUAAGAAGGGUUGUAGAGGAGGCUGUGGUUGUCAGAAGGUCAGCCUAAGAUGUACAGCUAUGUGCAAGUGUGCUGAAGAGUGCGAAAACCGUUGA